CAUGCCUCAGCAGAAUGGUGGAGCUCGUACCCAGGCACACAAGUACUGUCCAAUCAGCAUCUAGGAUUCUAAUUGGCCUGUACUGCCCUGGGAACGGGCUUGAGUUACCAGCUACUUCCGGAUUUGCGGAGCUGAAACAUUCGUCAUCCCGUUUCACAACUGGGCCCUCGACCCACCGCCCCCCUCCCCUGAACAGGCCGCUGAUAGAGUGAAGAAAGUCUCAGACGGAGAACUUUCUAAAAAUGGCGGAUGUUGGUCUUCAGACGUCUGUAAGCCUGGAACAGGUUCAGCCUGCAGGUUCCACCAGCAUAGGAGUGGAGGAACAAGACGAAGCAGCGCCCCCUGCAAUGGGACAGAGCGCGCCGGCAGGACCUCAGUCACCACACCUGCGAGCGAGGUCCCACCGCCGGACACACAGUGACCAGCCCUGGACCAUGUUCCCCUUCAGCACACCAGAGGGGUUUGUGGCAGUCAACAAGCCACCGAGCUGGGCAGAAAACGAGAUUGAAGCACUCAAGAUAGCAAAUAACUAUAGGUUUGGCUUCAAGAAGUGGAAGAGCCAUGUGACAGCAAGGCCAAUGGAGGUCAGGUCUGAUGUUGUGAAGGAGCUCUACUCUGAACCAAGGACAGUCAAACUCAUCAAAGGAUCAACUAUUUCUCUGGGAAAUAUCCUGUACAGUGUGUUGUUUGGGUGGUGGAUAGCUGCUUUUUAUUUUCUGGUGGCUGGAAUCAUGAUGCUGACAUACAUUGGCAGAAUAUACGCCUCACACUGUUUCCAGUUGGCAAAGUACUUUUUUUGGCCCUUCGGGAAGUUUGUUCAAAAGGACCGAGAAGGAGACAGUGGGGAGGAACAGUCACUUCACAAUGGCUCGCUCCAUAACAGCUAUGAGAGUUUUGGGUCCAGUGAAUCCACACCCCUGGUGUCCAGUACAAGGAGCAGGAAUGGCAGAAAAGGCUGCUGUGGCACCAGCACUGAAUACUGGCACAAGCCUGAGACGUACAUCUGGCUGCUCCUGGGUGCACCACUGCUGUUUGUCAUCCAUGCCUUGGUGUACUUUGUGUGCUGGAUCCUGGUGGUCUUCAUACCUGUGGCAAAGGUUAAUGGCCAUGCCAUUAAGAUGCUUCUCAUGCCGCCAGGGUCCAUCCGGAUAGAGAGUGACAGCAUGAGUGCAGCCCAGCAGCCCAGUGAGGUGAUAGUCUGCACCUACCAGGCAGUCAACGUUUACUACUACAAGUACACUGUGGAUGGCAUGAACAUUGUUCUUGUCAACCUGCUGCUGUUUGUGGUGCUUGCUCUGAUCUUAGGAUAUGGGGACAAAGGAAACCACUUCACCUCACCAACAGCAAAAUUUGUGCUUUCCCUGCUAGCCAUCAUACCAUUGGCCUAUUACAUCGGACUGGCCAUUGCCAGUAUUGCAGCCCAGAGUAACUUUGCUGUUGGUGCGGUCCUGAACGCCACUUUUGGCUCUGUUGUGGAGUUGACGCUGUACAUCACUGCCCUAGUGAAGGGUGCAGAACAUGUCAACAACUGCUACUCUGAACUGGUCAAAUCCGCUCUGACAGGAACACUCCUUGCUACGAUGCUGUUCAUCCCAGGUUUGUGCAUGAUCAUUGGUGGACUGAAACACCAUGAACAGUACUUCAACCUGAGGUCAGCCGGGGUCAGCUCAACUCUGUUGUUUGUAUCAGUGGCAGGUGCCUUUGCCCCUACCAUUUUCUCUAAGUUCUACGGCAGUAUUGUGUGUUCGAGUUGCAACAAUGUCACAAGUUGGUCAAACAUCAACGACUCCCAGCUGACAGUGACAGGGCCCAGUGGAUCCUUCAUGUGCUCGGAUUGUCACCAAGAAGUGUUUGACCAAGAGGGUACUUUGUUCAAUGAACACAUCAAGCCAUUGAUUUACACCUGUGCAGUGCUGCUGCCACUGGCCUACAUCUCUGGACUGUUGUUCACACUGAAAACCCACUCACACAUCUACGAUGUGGAGAAGACUGAGGACAACAACACAGCUCCCAACCAAGAUCAUAAUAACAGCCACAGCACCAUUGCACACUGGUCCCGUCUGAAGGGGGUGACCAUCCUCCUGGUAGGCACGGUACUGAUGUCCCUGUGUGCUGACCUGGUCACAGAGAACAUGCAGCCCAUUCUAACUGGCUCUGGGGUGUCACAGUACUUUAUUGGGGUGACGUUGUUAGCGCUGGUUCCUGAUGCUCCUGAGAUUGUCAAUGGUAUCCAGUUUGCACUGCAGAAUAACCUCAGUCUCAGUAUUGAGGUGGGCAGUUCCAUUGCUGUGCAGGUGUGUUUGUUACAGAUGCCUAUACUGGUCCUGGUCAAUGCUAUCCAUGAUAUUGGCUUCCAGCUGCUGUUCAUAGACUUGCACUUGUGGUCUGUGCUGUUCAGCGUGCUGGUCAUGAACUACAUCUUCAUGGACGGCAAGUGUGACUACUUCCAAGGGUCUGCCAUGUGUAUUGUGUACCUCAUCAUCGUGGCCAUGUACUUCUUUGCUCCCAACCCUGAAGGCUGCUGAAGUCCCUGAAACCUCAUAGUCAGACAUGAUGCUGUGAUGCUGUGCCAUGAUUAUGCCUUCUGACAUCUACUACUAUAAGGCCACUACUAUAAGUCCAUGCCACAAGUUAAUUUCUUAGUUCUCGGAUUUUCUUUUCAGAUCAUUUGAUUAAUCAGGCUAGCUGGGGAGGACUGGUGGUGGGGUCAAUGACCUGUAGGUCGGCAUGGGAAGCUGAAAACCCCAAUAUACCAAAAAAAAUCCCUUCAUCCUUUCAUAGAUACCUAAUUCACCCUUACACCAAAUGCCAGGUCAUUUGGUAGAAGGGGGUAUACAUUUUUGGUCUAAAAAUGACCAAAGAACCUCAAUAAAAUCAUUUCAAAGGCAGAUAUGAAAAACAUGGAAAAAAACUGGGGGGUAUUGGCCCACUCUACCCUUGUGCCCCAAAAUGACAGAGAUUAAUCAAUUUGAACAUUCUACAGGUGAAAAAGAAACAUCAGGAAAAAUCAAGAAAUGUCAACCCAUACAUGAAAUUGUACCUGUGAUAUGGUUGAAAUGUAAAAAUUUGCUGAAUGGAUGAUAACUUUUUUUUCCAGAAAAGUAGGAGCGAGAACUAAUUGAUUAAAUUGGUGUGGCUUAAUGAUGCCACAUUUAGUGCAAUUCCUCAAGUGAUAAGAGUAACCCAUCACAUGUCCAUUUCAUAGAUUAUAUGAUGGUAUGUUCUUUUAAUGUUGUACUCAUCUGUCCCAAGAAGGGCUUGUUAACUUUUAAAUUGUUGUCUUCACACGCAUGGUUAUCGAGGCCUUUUUCAAGAAUGUCUUGAACUCCUGUGUAUGUGAAGUGUACAUACCUCAGCUAUUACUGAUGCUGCAUUAGUUGAUCUCUUUAAAUUCAUUGUUUUUGGAGAGUGGGUUUUGCUCUCUAGUAUUAGAGACAAGAGGUAACACUGAGAGCUACUAUCAUCUUUGUUUUGAGAUGUAGAUUUCUUGUUGUCAACUCAGAUUAUGUUGCUAUAUAGUUAGAUGAGAGGAUUUUGCUGCUAUAAUUUGUAUGAAAUUUAAAUAGUGUAAGUUGUAGUCUUUCAUUCCAGAGUUACAAUAUGACUGGAUGCUGCAGGAACUCUGAAAUUAUAGAAUUAUUUAUCCUUAAAAAUGCUGCAUAAGUUAAACAUAUUUCUAUAUACUAUUGUGUAGAGUGGCAAAUGUUACCAGGAAAGGCCACUGAAUAUAUGAGUACAUGUACCUUUCUUGCCAAAAUCUGUUAUACUAAAAUGGCAAUUUAGGACAUACAUGUACAUGUAUUUGCUGCCAAGGGGUCUCCUUUACUUGACUAGUCUUGGUAUUUAAAAAGAUAAACAUUGUAUAUUACUUAUAUCACAUAUCUGCCUAGCUUUAUUCAGUUAACUAGUAGCAAAAUGUACUUUGUAGACCAACUUGAGAUACUGUGAUACUGCGGUAAAAUGUACCUCUAUGAACACAUUAUGAUUAUGAAUUAUGUGCUUAUUAUUGUACCCUUGUUCCGGUUACAAUUAUGCCACGUAGUGGAACUACUGAGUAGCCUGUCGGAUUAUCAUGAAAUCUUCAAGUACAUGUAACAUGUUAUUGCUGCAUUGUUUACAACUUCCUAAAUCCAUUACAUAUUUAGGACAGCACCUUUUUAAUGCAUCUUUUUAUAUGUAAUUGCCAAACAAUAUUUUUAUAUUACUUGAUACCGAAAUGCUACACUUAAAUAUCUAUACAUUUUUAUAUGAAUUUGAGUGGUGUAUGGAAUUGAUGUAUGUCCAUUAAAACAAUUUAUGAAA